CGUUAAGGUAGUCACACUGGAAUUCUUCACUUCCGAAUGCUUUUUUUGUAAAUAAAGUCAUUUAAUUUAAGUUGAUUAAAGUUUUGUAUUCAUUUGUAAACCGAAUUAAUUGUGAAAAGUAUGACUACCUCCAGUGAAGAAAUUUUAUUGCAAGUACCUCAUGUUCGUUAUAAAAAAGGGGAUGGUACAUUAUAUUUAAUGGACCAGCGGAUUGCAUGGAUGAUGGAAAACAGAGAUACGGUUUCAAUUUCCCAUUUAUACUCGGACAUAAAAACACAAAAGAUUUCUCCAGAAGGCAAGGCGAAGGUACAAUUGCAGGUUGUUUUGCAUAGUGGGGUGUCUUCUACCUUUCAUUUUAUCAAUAGAGGUGGUAUCCAGGAACAAUCCGCAGAUCGGGAUCGAGUAAAGGAACUAUUACAAACGCUUUUGCCAAAGUUCAAACGAAAAGUCGAUAAAGAAUUGGAGGAGAAAAAUCGAUUGCUGUCUACCAAUCCUACCUUAUUGCAGCUUUACAAAGACUUAGUUAUGACAGAGGUGGUAACGUCUGAAGAGUUUUGGACUCACCAUGCUGUGCAAUAUACGCAAGCACAAAAAACGCAGCAGCAAGCUAUAGGUGUGUCUGGAGCAUUUUUAGCAGAUAUAAAGCCACAAACGGAUGGUUGUAAUGGUCUCAAGUAUAACAUAACUGCAGAUAUUAUCGAGUGUAUAUUUAAAACAUAUCCUGCGGUGCAGAAGAAAUAUAUUGAACAUGUACCUGCCAAAUUGUCGGAGGCGCAAUUUUGGACGAAAUUCUUUCAGUCACAUUAUUUUCAUAGGGACCGAAAGUAUGUCGAGAGUAAAGAUCUCUUUACCGAAUGCGGAAAAAUGGACGAUCAAGAAAUGAAGAAAGACAUUCAAACCGGUGUAAAAGAUCCGUUAGUCGAUAUAACGACAUUUGUAGAUAAAUCGUUGGACGAAUGUUACGGUAUGGAAGUUGAAAAGACGCCUGGUAGCAGUGGGACUGUUAGCCAGGCAAUGAUCAAACGUUUUAAUCAACAUUCGAUUAUGGUGCUCAAAGCCUCUAAAAAUAAACACCCAGAACCGGAGAGCUCUGAUUCUUCUCCGAGCAAUGUAAAAGGUGUGGAAGUAUCCAGCAACAGUAUUAGUAACGGGAUAAGUAGCGCGGAUGACGCACAUGUUAAUAAAAAAAUUAGGAUACAAGAAAAAAUUACAUACGAAGAUUUAGAUUCAAGUAAUGACACGAGUAAUGCUUCGAAGUCCAUUUUAAAUUUAUCAAAGGUAGAACGAUAUUUGCAUGGACCAAUGCCAGGAUCGAACGCCGAAUAUUUAAGUGUAAAUGACGCCUCGUCGAUAAAUCGAAAUAUAUUAAACGAAUGCAAGCAAUGGCAAGGUGGACGGCAACAGACAUCCAAUUUAGUUAGUCCGGCCGCAGCUGUAGGCGCGUUGGGUGAACUUUCACCUGGAGGUGCACUCAUGAGAGGUUUUCAGGAACAGUCCUUAGCCCAGUUGGUACCGUCUGAUAUAGAAAAAGAAGUUAGAAAUUUAUAUCUGUCCUUAUCAGAACUAUUGAAUCAUUUUUGGAAGUGUUUUCCACCUACAACAAGUACGUUAGAACAGAAAGCUGUUAAAAUGCACGAAGCGCUACAUAGGUUUCAUGGUACUAAAGUUAAACCGUUUGAGGACAAGUUAAUUCGUGAACUCUCUCCAUUGUCGUAUCACCUAACGAAGCACUUAAAUCAGCUACUUAAUGUUGCGUAUCAAAAAUUUAAUAAUUGGCAGAAAAUGAAAACAUUACAUAGGUAGUAGUAUUAUAAUACGCAGUGAGAUGUGGUUCCUUUAUUGUCUCAUAAUGGCAACAAAUCUAGUUUUUUGCAACAUCAGAAUGUGGUGUGUAGAUACGUGAAAUGUGUACUUUUUGUCUUCUUUUGAGUUUUGUUGUAUAAUAUAGUUAUGCGUAAAUUUC